ACCAAAUCAAUCGUCCACGUGUAAAACUCUAAUUGGAUAUCACACGUAAAUGUGGGUCCAUCCAAAGGGUUUUUUCUUCACAGCGUCAUGAACCUUCUUCUCCGAUCAUCUUCCAUUCUUUAAAAACAAACAACACUCACUUCACAUCACAUCACAAUUUACAGAAAGAGAGAAACUUUGAAAAAGAAAGAAAGAAAUGCAGAGAUCAAAUUGUAGCAGUAUCAUAAGCUUAUUAUUAACAAUAUGCUUAUUUUAUACACAUACUAAUGCAUUAUACAGUGCUUCAUCACCCGUUCUUCAGCUCACUCCUUCUAAUUUUAAGUCUAAGGUUUUGAAUUCAAAUGGGGUUGUCCUGGUGGAGUUUUUCGCUCCAUGGUGUGGUCAUUGUCAAUCUUUAACACCGAUAUGGGAGAAGGCGGCCUCUGUCUUGAAAGGCGUGGCUACAGUUGCAGCACUUGAUGCUGAUGCUCACAAAUCACUGGCUCAGGAAUAUGGCAUCAAAGGAUUUCCUACAAUUAAGGUAUUUGUAAAUGGAAAGGGUCCUGUUGAUUACAUGGGAGCAAGGGAUGUCAAACCUAUUGCAGAAUUCGCUCUCCAGCAGGUGAAGGCACUUCUGAAGGACCGUCUAAAUGGAAAAUCAGGAGGAUCAAGUGAGAAGAAGUCUGAGCCCAGUUCUUCAGUUGAGCUGAACUCACGUAACUUUGAUGAAUUGGUGCUGAAAAGCAAAGAUCUUUGGGUCGUAGAAUUCUUUGCACCUUGGUGUGGUCACUGCAAAAAACUUGCCCCAGAGUGGAAGAAAGCAGCAAAUAACUUGAAGGGUAAAGUUAAGUUGGGUCAUGUCAACUGUGAUGAAGAGAAGUCUUUGAUGAGCAAAUUUAAAGUGCAAGGAUUCCCAACCAUUUUAGUGUUUGGUGCUGACAAAGACAGCCCAUUCCCUUAUGAAGGUGCAAGAUCUGCUUCUGGAAUCGAGUCAUUUGCUCUUGAACAGUUGGAAACAAAUACUCCUCCUCCUGAGGUCAUUGAGCUGACCAGCCCGGAUGUCAUGGAAGAGAAGUGUGGUUCUGCUGCCAUCUGUUUUGUUUCUUUCCUGCCUGACAUCUUGGACACCAAGGCUGAGGGAAGGAACAAGUACCUAGAGAUGUUGCUGUCAGUAGCAGAGAAAUUCAAAAGAAGUCCUUACAGCUUUGUCUGGGCAGCUGCAGGUAAACAGCCAGAUCUUGAGAAGAAUGUGGGUGUUGGUGGGUAUGGUUAUCCUGCUAUGGUGGCCAUUAAUGUCAAAAAAGGUGCCUAUGCUCCACUUAAGACCGCGUUUGAGCUUGACCAUUUAGUAGAUUUUGUGAAAAAAGCAGGGCGCGGUGGGAAGGGUAAUCUCCCAAUGAAUGAUACUCCCAAGAUUGAGAAGAUUGAAGCUUGGGAUGGAAAAGACGGCGAAGUCAUUGAAGAAGAUGAGUUCUCUCUUGAUGAACUCAUGAAGGAUGAGGAUGACACUGAUAGCAAAAGUGAUGAAUUGUAAACUGGUUGAAUUUAGAGUAUAGGACAAUCACUUUGGUUUGGCUCAAGAGAGAAUUUUUUCCCCCUCUUCAAAAUUAGAAUUUUGGCCAACUACAUAUAGAAUUGUAUUCUCUGGAGCAUUUCAUGUACUGUCAAACGGAUGUCAAAUGAUUUCCUGAAUUCGAUUAAUGCUCCAUUUGAUGGUA